AUGACAGGCCUUAAGCGCAAGCUGGACCAACAGCAUGAGCUGGCCAGCGCAUCUGGUGCUGAUUCUUCUCAGACUUCACCGUUUUCUCCAUCUACCGGCCGCUCGCGUGGUGGAAGUCGUGGUAGCUCACGGUCACGCACAAGAGGGAAAGGCCAUGUCUUUAGGGGCCGUUCGAAAUCCCUUAAUGGUAGUAAUCUCGACAGCCUCUCUGUUCAAACACACUUAGAUCCGCAAACACCGCGGGCGAAAAGAGUGAAGAAGGCAAAAGAAGAUAUCGCUUCGGAGAGCAGUGUUGCUGAGUUGCAUAUACCACGCCCAACUCGCCAGUCUGCUAGGAUUCUUUCCAAAUUCCAUCAUAUGGAUUGUGUGUCCGAGCAAGCUGAUGAACCGGGGAUCCAGCAAACAAAUUUCAAUGGGCCUCAUGAGAUCCAUAUUGGCUCCUAUGAAACGGAGGUCAACGAUAAAGAGGCCUCCCUAAAAUUUCCCUGUGUGAAUACGAAGCAACCAACUUCUGACUCCCAAUUAUCUUCAUUUAAGUCAACAUGGGCGGACCCUUCUCGACGUCGUCGGAGUUCGGGAUAUAAGACGGAAGUAGACACUUGCCCUGACACUGUUUCGAAGCUCAACAAGUCUGUAGGUGUGAAUGCAGAAAGUGGGGAUAAUACUCCUGAGAUAGCGCUAGCAGCUACUAGCGGACUUGUGAGUAAGAGGUUGAGUCCUGUAGCUACGAGGAAAAGAAAUUCCGCUGGCAUUGGCGCUACAAUUGAAGAGACGCAAAACCCAAAUCCAAGCACGAAGAAGUUGAAGGUGGAAAAGCUGGACCCUAGCUCUGGAACAGAUUCUCCGCCAUUGGGUGGAAAUGGCAACCGUGGCAAUAGUAAUCAUGGUGAUAGUGAUAGUGAUGGACGCCCCAUCCACUCUGAGGCUGAGCCUACGAGACAGGAUCCGAAUCUUAGUAUUCUCGAUGCCGACUUCCCCUCUCAGACAAUGGUGGUUGAAUCCUUUCAAGCUGCACAUGAAACCACACCAACAGAGGCAUCCGCCUCCCGGGCGCCGACCCCAUCUGAAACCCCAGAGCUGCCUGCUACCAACCUUCCCAGCGGCGCGGGCAGAAGUCGUGGGCGCGGUGGAUUCAGAGGAAGGGUAAGGGGUCGAGGAGGCUGGACCCGAGGUCGUGGAAGGGGUGGCCGUGGUCGAGGUUCUGGAAGAGGAGGUCGUGGCGGACGUCUUCAGGCAAUCGAUCGCGACAUGUCGUUGUCGCCUAGCCCAGUAAUCAAGCAGCUCCGCGAGAGACAAAAGGAACUUGAUAGGGUGUUCCGUCGAGUUGCAUCUGCUCAGCGAACAGCGCUCACCGUAAUCGCUAAUCGCUCAGAGGCUAAACUUUUAAAGGAUGCUAAAGCGCAUAUGGCUGUGCCGGAAUAUGAUCAAGUCAUGAAUGACCUUAAAGCCAUGCUACAGAAGAGAUUGGAGGUCAUUGAAAAUGAAUAUAAUUGGCGAACAAAAACCGCGGAUGCCCUGUUCGAGGCGAAUAAAGAACGGGUAAAUGCGAGUUUCCAUGAUAAGUCUCGACAUAUUAGAGAGGAACAUCUCCUUGCGGCUCAAGGGAGCUAUAUGGCCUUUGUGGAACAGUGUCGUCAAGCAGAGGAUGACGACCACACCGAGGCUGAUGAAUCGGGCCCGGAGCCCGAAAUGCCACCCCGUCGACUUUUUGUCCGUGGAUUCAACAGUUCUUUCGUCAGGGAUCCAAAAGGUGCUGCUCUCUACGAACGAGCUGCAUAUGGUUGGGAUGACUUCAUACAGCGCGCGAAAAUUGAGACAGACAUAUCUCCUCAAAUAAAAGAGAUAGAUCAGGAAUCCCGAGCACCAGUUCCCGCCAGCGACAAAAUUUUACAGCUUACGGAGGCAUUAACUGAGCUUUGCCAGCAGGAAGAGCGUCGCGGGGAUGAAGGCAAGCCGGUGGCGACAAUCCCCAACGAACCACCUACCGCAUUGAGUGCAUUAGCCGACAUCGCGGUGGGCGACAUUGGCCAAAAGCUGGUAGAACAGCCUACCAUGCAUGGGCCCCCUCAAGGGUUGCAACUCGCACCCUUCCGCAGCCUUCCCAGCAUCACGCAGCAGCUUCCAGCACUACCACAUCACCCACCCCAUCUUCCACACCCAUACGAACAACAACUUCCAAUCGAACAACCUCGGGGAUUCCAUCGAACAAUUCUCCCCCAGCCAGUUCUUGGUCAAAUGAUACCCCCAACAGACCCACGGUCAUUUCUCCCACCGCCAUCUCACCACCAACCACCCCCUCCUUCCCCCCAACGAGGACCACCUAGCAUACCCCGCCGCCUUCUCCCAGCCUCCAGUCGAUACCCUUCCAUCCCACACCUACACGAACUCCCUGACCCAUUCUCGUCCGCACCACCGCACCUCCCCGCGCCACAUGCCAUGGUAUAUCAUCCAGGCUCUUAUCCUCUUCACCCACCUCUGCCCUCUCCCUUUCACCCGCCAACUCAUGCGCCGCCGCCACAUCCACCCCAGUACAUGCAUGGACCUGUCGGGCAUAUGACGUUACCCCCGGUUUAUCACCCAGCAACGUACGGGCAUCUGCCGCCUCCUCUUCCGCCCCUUCCACUUCCACCCCCUCCGGGCUCACAAUACCAGCACCAGCACCAACACCAGCAUCAAAAUCAGCUUCACCAACCACAACCACCCCCUCUGCCACAGCAUCGCCACUCGUAUUAUCAACAGCAGCAUCAGCAUGCGCCCACUCCGCCACCGCCAUAUCGCGAGUAA